AUGGAACGCAGACCCUCCGUCACCCAAAAGGCAGCCUCAACCAACAAAGUCCCAACUCCCCACACAGCAGCCCCAGUCACACGAUCUGCGUCGUAUUCCUCACCCCAAGAAGACUCCAACGGAUCAAACUCGGGGGAGAAGGCAAAAGAAGACGAAGGAACUUACAGUCGUCAACUGCAGACUGCUUCGACGGAACUUCUGAAUGACGAGAGAGUGGGACUCGGGUCGAAGGCUGGACGGACACUUCAGAACGUUUUGAUGGAUACGGAGCAUCGUUUAAAGGAGCAGCGGCGGGAGUCGCUUCAUAAACCGGGUCAUAAGUAG